AUGAAGUUGAACAACUUCUUUAAUGCUCUUUUAUUGACAAGCUGGGCAUCUGUUCCAAUUGAUGCGUUCUCUAUCUUUGAAGAUAUAAACCUACAAGAAACAUUCGGCGUUAGAAAUAGAAAUAUCUUCAAAAAUGAAGUACAAUCUAUUAUUCCCAAAAACUGGCGUUUUAAAAAUGACUUUGAGACUACAAUUGAGUCAACAAUCGACCAAGACUAUUCUUUAAGAGUACGAUCUGUCGAUCCUGCAAAACUACAAAUAGAUUCAGUCAACCAGUGGUCAGGUUACUUGGAUUAUAAGGACUCGAAGCAUUUCUUUUAUUGGUUCUUCGAAAGUAGAAAUGAUCCUAAAAAUGAUCCACUUAUCCUUUGGUUGAAUGGUGGACCAGGUUGUUCUUCCUUUACAGGUCUGUUAUUUGAAUUGGGACCGUCUUCAAUCGGGCCUGAUAUGAAACCAAUCCAUAAUCCUUACUCAUGGAAUAAUAAUGCAUCAGUUAUUUUCUUAGAACAACCGUUAGGUGUUGGCUUUUCAUAUGGUGAUGAAAAGGUAACUUCAACAAAUGUUGCAGGGAAGGAUGUCUAUAUUUUUUUAGAGUUAUUCUUCAAGAAAUUCCCACAUCUAAGAGAUGUCGAUUUUCAUAUUGCCGGGGAAUCAUAUGCAGGGCAUUAUAUUCCUCAAAUUGCUCAUGAGAUUGUCCAAAACCCUUUACGAACCUUCAACUUAUCAUCUAUUAUGAUAGGCAACGGCAUAACAGACCCAUUGAUUCAAUCAGAUUACUACAGGCCAAUGGCUUGUGGGGAAGGUGGACAUAAAUCACUUUUAUCGCAGAAAGAAUGUGAUGAUAUGGUCGGCCCAACAAACCGUUGUCAUCGAUUAAAUCAAGUAUGUUAUCUUACUGAAUCAAAUCUUCCUUGUGUAGUUUCUUCCUCAUAUUGUGAGACUGCUUUGAUGCGCCCAUUUGAGAAGACAGGAUUGAACCCAUAUGAUAUUAGGGGACCUUGUGAAGAUAACUCUAAGGGAGGAUUGUGCUAUAAUGGAAUUAAGUAUGUAGAGAAAUAUAUGAACUUCCCUGAAGUUCAAGAAGUUCUAGGAUCAGAUGUUGAUCACUAUUCAGGAUGCAAUGAAGAUGUUUUUACAGGGUUCUUUUUUACAGGGGAUGGAAGUAAGCCCUUCCAAGGAUUCGUCGGAGAAUUAUUAGAUAUGGAUAUUCCUGUCUUGAUUUACGCAGGUGAUAAAGAUUUUAUUUGUAAUUGGUUAGGAAAUCAAGCCUGGACCAAAGAACUGGAAUGGAAAUAUGAUACGUUUUAUGAACUGCAACCAUUAAAACCAUGGAUUCAUUCCGAGACUAGAGAAGAAUUAGGAGAAGUGAAAAACUAUGGCCCUUUAACGUUCUUAAGAGUCUAUGAAUCUGGUCAUAUGGUACCAUACGAUCAACCUGAAGCAAGUUUGGAAAUGCUCAACGUAUGGCUCUCUGGUAAACGCUCUUUCAGGAAUGGUAAUAAUAUUUAA